AUGAAAGGAAAAUCAGACUUUCAGUUUUUGGAUUCAUUUCAUGGAGUGAAACAUUACUCGUCAGUUUAUCUUCAAAGAAAUCCGAAACUGUUUGAAGAUUUAGAUACAUUAAGAGGAAAACGCUAUAAACCAUCGUUUUCAAAUAACGAGAAGACGCCGUCUCGUGAGUCGGCAUUAGCCAUUUCUCGUAUAGAUUUAAUUGGAAAAUGGGGCCUGACACCCGUUCUCGAGGCCAGACAAGAUCCUCCGAGUUGCGGUGAAAGUCAAAUUAGUGGGCCGCCCCCUCUUUUUAACGACAGAAGUCAGAGUGGUCAUUGUUGUUUUCUUCUUACUUACAUUUUUAAUCAAGCUUCUAAUAUUGUUUACUCCCUAAUUUCUUGUAAUUGUUCUUUCCAAUAUUUACAUAUGUCCAACAUUAUUUUAAAUCGUUUGAACUAG